AUACACCACUCUCGAAAGGUACGCAUUAAAAAAUGGGCUAUUUCUAGUUCCAGUUUUCAUUUAAACAAUAGUUUAAACAUCAGUACAAUGUCAACUACAAUGUUCUCUCAAGUAAGAGAGAACAAAAGAAUCCUGUUUUGUUUGAGUGAUUGGAAGAAAGUGAUAAAUAAAUGACCCCGCUACUAAUCUGCAUAUUUGUUAAUCACUUACACGUGGCAUGGGAGAGGGAGUCAAAGUGUACCUUCAUGUUUUCAUGGCCUUCUGGCCCUUAUUAAUAAACACAAAAAAUUGUGCAGGAAUAUCCCUUGUUCCAAAAAAAAAAAGCUGUGGAAGCUAAGUGACAAGUUACAUGAAUUGUUUUUGAAAAGGAUGUUUCUGUUCUUGAGUCAAAAGUUAAAAGAAUCAUUACAAUAUUGUUUGGCUGAUAUUUCAGUCUCCGUUUGGCUUCACUUCAGUUUCUCCUUUAUGUUUUGAAUUGAGGCUCCAGUUUAUUGAUUUUCUAAACAUUACAUGGUAUGAAUGGCAUCUUACUGGUUUGUUUAUUUAUUUAUUUAACAGCAUCUUAAAACAUUUGAUCUGUGAAAGCAAAGUAGAACUUUUGCCUUUCUAAUCUACUGAUAUAUGUGCACGUUUAUAUCUGUGGGUAAAGAAGACUUUUAACCUUCAUUUUAGACUACAUUUUACAAUCCCAAAUACGUACAGCAAUACAAAACCUGCAGCUUCCAUGCCGCAUUUUCCCAUCGUGCGUUGUACCUAUGCAUGUGUGUAUACACACACAGAAUGUAUUUGAAAUACAAAUACCAGUAAACAAGAAAUUGGAACCUAAGGAAAAAUGUUACCACGAAUAUAGGGGUGUUUACUUUCAGACUUCUGAUUAAAAUUAGUGUAAGCAAUUAGAAUAGGAACAAAGUAAGUUUCUACAGAUAGCUUAUAGAAAUGCAUUAUUUAAACAUCCUCUAUAAAAAUCAACUGAUUAUUAUCAGUUUAUUAUCUUCUUUUAUUACAUUUGAGACUGCAGUUUGAACCAAUGAAUGUCAAAAAAACGCAUAGGGUCAUUUGUUUUCUAGGAAAUACUGCAUGGUAACUAUGAUUAAGUUCCAAAUCUUUUAAUUAAAGAUGCAUACAUUAACUUCAGAUGUCGGAGUGCCUGUAUGCCUAAGGUGAGGCACACAUAUUUCCUGUUGGUAAGUGUGAGACCCAGGUCUAGAUUUACUAGCAGAUUUACAACUCCCAGCUGGCACACAAGAAAGUAAAAAUGAACAUUGGCGCAUUUUGUGUGUGAAAUAAUUAGAUAUUGAUUGGAGCAGAAACUGGGACCGCAGUCUUUACUCCUACCAGAUCAGUACCGUAAACAGAAGACUACAGAGCACUUGUGACAGUCGUCUUGACUUCACGUAAAGCCAGGCUAUCUUACACCAACUGAUGGAUGGAGUUUGCGAUUCCUUCUCCCUUAACUUCAGCUUCAUAUUCCUCCAGACAGAUAAGGGCCAUCAGCCAGGUCUAAGCGCUGGACAACUGCAUGAAACUUACACAAGCGUUCAGGCCUUUGUCACCCUAGACCUUCCCUGAUGUUCCGGCUGGUGGCCCGGCUGGCCAGAUCCCGCCUGGCUCGCCGCCUCCCUGCUCUUGCCUGGCUCCUGAACGGACACUGGAUGUGUUGUUGCCUCGCAAGCGGCCAGCUUCCGACCGGUGUGAGAGAAGCCAGGCAUCAUGUGGUUCUGGCAGGAGGCUGACAGAGGUAUCCCGAAACUGGCAUCUGGCAGUGUCAUACGAGGUGGGCUUCACGAUCGUGAGUGGUACUCCUUGGGCUGUCAUGGCAAGCUUCACUGCAGACAGCCUCCGAGUCCCUUCCUGGCUCCGUGUUCGUUCCAGUGCAAGGAUACAAACAAAAUAACGAAAUCAAACCUUUUUCGCUCUUUCAAAAUGAAAUGUGAUUUUGAUUGUACGUCUCUUCACGCUGGGUUUGCACCACUGAAAUCUGCUGUAGAGAAAACAAGUCUGGAAGAAUCCUGCCCCUUGAAUUAUGAGGAAGGCUUUUGUAAAAGCUGUGCUGAAGAGCAUCAGAAAAUACUCCUUAGUGACUCAUACCAUGCGGCCACCAGAAAUCUAGAUCUUGAAGAUGAAGGAAGACCUGUACAUAACAAAGAAAACAAACAAGUAACUCAGAGACUUGAUGAAGGUAUCUAUGAAAUGGAGGCACUGGAAAACAGUAAAUUUAAUGAGGACAGUGGUUAUUCCUCUAUGUUAAGUAACCAAUACGCUGAUGCAAUAGAACACGAGGAUAGUAUACCUUUGGCUGGGAAUCUCUGUGGCACACCAAAGCAUUGCCUCAUGAAGAACCAAAACCAAGCACCGUUUUCAAAGAAGACUUUGUUGCCAGUAAUCCAUUAUGAAGAAAUGAUUUGCUCAACUUUGAAAAAAAGUGGUAAAAGAAAUCUCAAGUCUUGGGCUGCCGUAGACAGAAUUGUUUUUAGGGGAAAGGUUGAACUUUGUAACCUAAUUGGAAAGAAAAUGGGAUUAGAUAGAAUAGACAUUCUUGCCGAACUCUUCCAAAAGAACCUGAAGCAUAUAUUAGCAAACAUUUUAAGGCAUCUCGGUGAGAUGGAUUUAAUACAUUUUGCCAAAGUCAGCACAACAUGGCAGAAGAUUCUACAAGAAGAUAAAUGGAUUUUCCAAAUGUAUAGUAAAGCUGUGAAAAACCUUUCUAAUGGCAUUAAGGCAUCAGAGGAUGCUGCAACAAGGGAGUAUGUUCUCCACCGAGCAGCUUUAGCUUCCAUUCAGAAAGCAACCCCACCAAACAACAUGAUUAAAAAAGGCACCAGAUCCAAAGCAUCUAAGAAUCGCAGCAGGCAUAUGGAGUUUUCUGAGGCUGCGAAGACCUUGAAAAACACUGAAAGCCUUAAAGUCUGCCAUCGCUGUGGCUCACCUGCAAAGUAUGACUCCUAUCUACAAAGAGCGACGUGCAAUCGUGAAAGUUGUGGCUUUGACUUUUGCACAAAGUGCAUGUGCAGCUAUCACAGCUCCAGUGACUGUAUGAGUUGCAAACCAGUGAAACCCAACUCUAAGCUAGGGCCGCUUCCUGGGACUAAGAAAAGCAAACAGAAUCUACGGCGAUUGUGA